GUAAACAAGUCCAGGCGCCUGCGAACCCGGGCCGGGGGGGACGGCGCCCGCCAGGAGCGCCCCCCACUCCCAGGCCAGCCCACCCCGGCGGACCGGGCCCCGCGCGCCCAGGCGAGGUGAGGCCCGCGCCGUCAGGGCUGCGCGUCGCCCCGCGCCCCCGCCCCCGGCGCCCGCCCCCACCCCCGCGCCCCAGGUGAGCCCCGGGGUCCAGGUAAGGCUCCGCGACGCAGGUAAGAGCCCCUGGGUGUAGAGGAGGCCUCGGCGCCCGCAGGUGAGAGCCCCUCCCCUCCUAGGUGACCCUCCACCCUCACUGCGAAGCCUCCCGCCCCCUCCAGGUGGGGGACCCUCCCGCCUAUGAACCCCCUAAACCCCCAGAGAACCCCCACUGCCCUCCAGAUGAGGUUGCAAGGACCAACCAAUGCCAACCCGCCUAUGCUCCCCUGAAACUGGGAACUGACAGCCCAGCCCCUCCAAAGCCCCUUUCUCCAGCUUCAGUGCCAGGUCAGCAAGGUUGAGGCAGGAAGCAAGCGGGUGACUCACACUGGGCUCCUCCGAGCCUCAGUUUCCCCAUUGAUGCAACCUGAGGCCUCCUCACUGAGUCAAAACCAAGAGCCUCUGGUCCCUGGAGAGGCUGCUGCCUCUGGGGAAAGGAGAGAGCAGCCGAGUGUGACAGAGCGAGUCCCCACGGCUCUGGGAGUGCCUUGCAUGUGUGUGGCCCAGGUCCUGACAGCCCACCUACUCCCUCCCUGGCAGGCACUGGGAUCCCUCUGCUCCCCGUGGGCCGCUCCCCGCGUGGGGCCACUGCCCCCGGCCCCCGCCAUGGUGCGGAUUUCAAAGCCCAAGACGUUUCAGGCCUAUUUGGAUGAUUGUCACCGGAGGUAUAGCUGUGCCCACUGCCGCGCUCACCUGGCCAACCACGACGACCUCAUCUCCAAGUCCUUCCAGGGCAGUCAGGGGCGUGCCUACCUCUUCAACUCUGUGGUGAACGUGGGCUGCGGGCCAGCCGAGGAGCGGGUGCUGCUGACCGGCCUCCAUGCUGUUGCCGACAUCCACUGCGAGAACUGCAAGACCACUUUGGGCUGGAAAUAUGAACAGGCCUUUGAGAGCAGCCAGAAGUACAAAGAGGGGAAGUACAUCAUUGAACUCAACCACAUGAUCAAAGACAACGGCUGGGACUGACCCCAGCUCCCCGACGCAUGUGGCUCCAGCCCGGCCUGGCCGCCAGGGAGCGCCACCGGCUUCCCUCUGCCCGAAGGGAGCUCUGGACCCUCAGGGCCCCUGCAGAGGACGGAUCCGGCUCCUGUACAUAUAUUUUAUUGCAUGCACUGUGACCUUGGUGGGACAUCAGAAGGGGGACGACGCCCCCGCACCUCCUGCGAUCUGGCUGGCUUGGAUCUCGUUUUUAACCCCUUCCUGCCCCGCCUGCCCUAUAGAUAUGGCCUGUGUGCUGCUCCCCUGGUCCCAGUGCACCGUCUGCUCUGUGAACUUCUCCUCCCACCAGGCCCCUCUUACCCCACGCGUGUCUGUCCCCCUCGUUCUGUAGCGUUUGUACAUAAUAAAACAAUGGAGUGGAGACA